UGAAAAUCUACAUUAUUAAAUCAUGAAGCUUUCUUUUAAACCAUCACCUUCAUGCACUUCCAAACAAAACCUCCAACAACAUACAUUAAUCCAGUGUGUCACCAUUACUAAACCAGCAAAUAAGUUCACAAGAAAUAUAAAUCUCACCAAAAACAUCAAAAACAUCAUCCUUGGCUGGAUUACUAAUAGUGAUGAGAAGACUAGUUCAACAUCUUCUUGGACGAUGCCUAGUUUCUCUGGACAGAGCCCAGAGAAAAUAGGCAAGAAUUGGAUGGAGUAUCAAGGAAUAAAGAAUUGGGAAGGUCUGCUUGAUCCACUAGAUGAUAAUUUACGUGGAGAAAUAAUUCGAUAUGGACAUUUUGUUGAAGCUGCGUACAGAGCAUGCAAUUUUGAUCCUUCUUCUCCUUCAUACGCAAUGUGCAAAUACUCGAGAAAGAAAUUGUUUCAUCUUUCUGGCUUUUCGGGUACUGGUUAUCGUAUUUCCAAGUACUUGAAAGCUACUAGUGGGAUUAAUCUUCCAAAUUGGGUUGAUAAAGCUCCUAAAUGGAUGUCAAAGCAAUCAAGUUGGAUUGGUUAUGUUGCGAUUUGUCAUGACCAAAGAGAAAUAGCAAGACUAGGGAGAAGAGACGUUGUUAUUGCCUUACGAGGCACAGCAACUUGUUUAGAGUGGCUCGAGAAUCUACGAGCCACUCUAACUCCUCUCCCUAACAUUAAACAUACCAUAUGUUGCCCGAUGGUUGAAAGUGGUUUCCUAAGUUUAUAUACAUCCAAAAUAGACGCGCAACAGAGUCUACAAGACAUGGUUAGAGAAGAAAUAGACCGAAUUAAAAAAUUAUACGAUGGUGAAACUUUAAGCUUCACUAUCGCAGGUCACUCCCUUGGGGCCGCGUUAGCGACUCUAACAGCCUAUGAUAUUAAACAAUUUUUCAGAGAUAUACCACUAGUAACAGUCAUGUCCUUUGGUGGUCCAAGAGUUGGAAACCAUAGUUUUCGAUACCAUCUUGACAAACAAGAUACCAAAAUUUUGCGUAUCGUCAACUCAGACGAUCUUAUAACAAAAAUUCCUGGAUUCGUCAUUGACAACAAUGACGAUGAUGAUAAAUAUGUGGAAAAAAGUGAUCACUGGAUGAAAAGGCUUGUGGAAGAUAGUCAAUGGGUAUAUGCAGAUGUUGGAUGUGAGUUACGUUUAAGUAGUAGUGGUUCACCACACUUUAAUGGGAUUAAUAUUGCAACUUGUCAUGAAUUAAAUACUUAUCUUCAUUUAGUUAAUAGUUUUGUUAGCUCAAGUUGUCCUGUUAGAGCUACUGCAAAAAAAAUUAUGCACAAAAGUAACAAUAAUGUAAAAUGUACGUAA